CCUGCGACCCGGAAGUGGUUCCUCUAGAGGAAGCAGUAGAGCCUGAGAGGGUGGGGUUUGUGGUGUUGCUCCCGGUUUCCCAGUGCUUCUUCCUAAAACUCCGCUGGCAGCGGCCCGUGAGAAAAGUGGCUAGUCUGUCGGAAGCCGCAUCAAUGACCUCCGUGCUGUCCUACGAAAGCUUGGUCCAUGCUGUGGCAGGAGCCGUGGGAAGUGUGACUGCAAUGACAGUGUUCUUUCCCUUGGAUACAGCUAGACUUCGACUUCAGGUUGAUGAAAAAAGAAAGUCCAAAACGACACACAUGGUGCUGCUGGAGAUCAUUAAAGAAGAAGGCCUCCUGGCGCCGUAUCGAGGGUGGUUUCCAGUUAUUUCCAGUCUCUGCUGCUCCAAUUUUGUCUAUUUCUACACUUUUAAUAGCCUCAAAGCAGUCUGGGUCAAAGGUCAACGUUCUACUACUGGAAAAGAUCUGGUAGUUGGAUUUGUUGCAGGAGUGGUAAAUGUGUUGCUGACAACUCCGCUGUGGGUGGUGAACACCAGACUGAAGCUGCAAGGAGCAAAAUUUCGGAAUGAAGACAUUGUACCAACCAACUACAAAGGCAUUAUUGAUGCUUUUCACCAGAUCAUCCGAGAUGAAGGCAUCUUGGCUUUGUGGAAUGGCACAUUUCCCUCCUUGCUGCUGGUCUUCAAUCCCGCCAUCCAGUUCAUGUUCUAUGAAGGUUUAAAACGGCAGCUUCUAAAGAAACGGAUGCAGCUUUCUUCUUUGGAUGUGUUCAUCAUUGGUGCAAUAGCCAAAGCAAUCGCCACCACGGCCACCUAUCCCAUGCAGACAGUACAGUCAAUUCUGAGAUUUGGACGUCACAGACUAAACCCAGAAAACAGAACACUGGGGAGUCUUCGGAAUGUUCUCUAUCUGCUUCACCAGCGAGUCAAGCGUUUUGGAAUAAUGGGACUCUACAAAGGCCUCGAAGCCAAACUGCUGCAGACGGUCCUCACCGCUGCGCUCAUGUUCCUCGUCUACGAGAAGCUCACGGCGGCCACCUUCACCGUCAUGGGGCUGAGGCGCGCGGCCCACAAGCACUGAGACGCGGCCUGGGACAGAGCAGAGACUCUUGAGAUGGGGCCUCUCCUUCCAAGUGCAGAGAAGCGAUGCUCCUUUCUCUCCGGCUCCUUCCCCACAUGUGUUCCCCUCAGCGGCCGGAACGGCAGGGAGGGAGAAUCAGGGAGCUUCGAAACGCGUGUGAUAGCUGCUUGGAUUUGGCAAAACUUUGCCAUCCAAAGUUUUUCUUAAAAUUACCAGUUAUUCUUUUUCCCCAAACUCCCAGGUUCUAGAACAAAUUCAGUAACAUGUAAUUCUCCUUGGAUACUUUCGUAUGUCUUAGUCUUGGUAUUUUCCUCACUAAAAGUAAUAUUUUGCUGAUACCAUGGGCAUGAUUUUAUUUUUGUUGGGCUUUUAUUUUCUCUGCUUAAGGAGAGUUAAAUGAACUAUUUAUUUUGUGGAGAAAAUGAAUAUUAAUCCCAAAUGAUUCUCUUACAAACUAUUUGUAAACAACACUUACUCAUUAGUGUUUGAUAAAAUUUUUAAAAAUAUUUAUUUUGAAUCAGCUGUAUUAAUAAAAAGGCUAAAGUUUUAUGUCCAUCCAUAUAAAGCUCCAAUCAGUUUACCCCAAUUUACUGUGCUCCAAUAAAUUGUCAGCACAAACCA